UUGAAACCCCCUCCACCCACCGCAAGUCUCCACCCUGCUUGCGGCGGCUGCAAUCAGACAAUUCCAUUGGCAACUGAAAUUGAGUGGGAAGCACAGGCGGAGAGAGAAGAGGCUGCGGAGUCGGCUCUGAGAUAUCUCCCGCCGUCGAUGGACCCCUCCAGCCGCUGCCGUCUCACCCGACUGUGGCGGGAAUUGGAAGGGCUUCCGCAAGCAAGGCGGACAAGCAGUGGGCUUUUCUUCUUCUGCGAUCCUGUUUCCGCGGGGAUUGCUUCGGCUCCCACAUUUCGUAAUGCUGUGCUAGUUGUUGUUGAUGUUAGGAAGGUUGCCUCAGUUUCAAAUCAUGGCCAAGAUAUUGCCGUUCACAAAAGUUUCAGCAAGUUUCACAUGUAUCGGCUUUUGGCUUACCAAUCUUAUUCGAGUACUGCUCCUCAACACGAAAGGCUGUCUUGGGAAGUUUCCCCUCGUGCUGUUCUCUUGAGGAAGCUGGAAAGUGCUCUGAAUGACCACCAACUAGAUGAAGCCUGGGUGAAUUUCAAUGGCUUCAAAAGCUUGUAUGGAUUUCCUCCGGAUGCUCUAAUCAGCAAGUUGGUCACGGAGUUAUCAUACUCUGCUGACCCUUGUUGGUUGCAAAGAGCAUAUAAUCUAGCUGUCCUCAUUUGCGAAGAGAAGUCGAAAAAGUUGCUGCAGGUUGAUAUCCUUACUAAGCUCUCACUCUCUUUAGCGAGAGUGCAGAUGCCCAUUCCAGCCUCGGGGAUUCUUAGUCUGAUGCUGGACAGAAGGAUUCUGCCUCCAAUGAAUGUGUUGUGGUUGGUUCUUUUCCACAUGGUUAAGACUGACCCUGGGACUUAUCUCGCAUCAAAUUUCUUGAUUCAGAUUUGUGAUUGUUUCCUUGAUUCAAAUGCUAAAAAAGAUCAACAGGUGAAACUGGUUAAACCAGACACCAUGACUUUUAACAUUAUUCUUGAUGGUUGUGUGAGGUUUAAAUCGCCUCUAAAAGGUCAACAGGUUAUGGAGCUGAUGGCAGAGAUAGGGGUUACUGCUGAUGCACACUCCGUCACUCUCAUUGGCCAGAUCCAUGAAAUGAAUGGCUUGAGGGACGAGAUCAAGAAACUUAAAUAUCAUAUUGAUGGGUUACCAGUUCCUUUUCUUUGUCACUACCAGCAGUUAUAUAAUAGUUUGUUAAGCUUGCAUUUCAAGUUCGAUGACAUCAAUGCUGCUGCUAAGCUCAUAUUGGAUAUGCACAUUCCUCGGGUUUCUGCUACUCUUCAUGAGAAAUGUAGAAGGGAACCGCAAAUGCCCCAUCUUGUUUCCAUAGGUUCUGACAGUAUUAGGUCUGGCUUGAAGAUGCAGAUUCUGCCUGAACUAUUGGUGAAGGAUUCUAUCCUACAGUCAGAAACUGAACUAGAGCUUGUUGCUUUUAAGAAUGGGAAAAUUCUCCUUAGGAAAAGAGCAAUGGCGAAGCUUGUUGCUGGUUGUCGGAAGCAUGGUAGGAUCAGCGAGCUGUCUGAGGUUUUAUAUAGCAUUCAAGAAGACUAUCAUAAACAAGAAGGAUCGAGUUUAUGUUCCGAAGUCAUUGAAGCUUGUGUCCAUGUAGGCUGGCUGGAAACUGCACAUGACAUCUUGGAUGACAUGGAAAAACUUGGUGGUCGGUCAAUGAGCUUGACUUCAUAUAUUACACUUUUAAAAGCAUAUUAUGGGAAGCAGAUGUUGAAACAGGGAAAUGCGUUGCUAAGGCGAAUGCAGAAGUUGGGUUGGCUUGUAGAUGCUUCUAAUGAAGUGGUAGCAUUCUCUUGUGCAUCUGAAACAUCUGAUUUGGCACAUAUAUCUUCCAAAUGUAGAUCAGGCCUGGCUGAGUUUUUGCUUCAAGAAGCAGGUGAAGAAAAGGGAAUGUACCGGGACAUUACCAUUUUGUGGGGGGACAUCAAGCGGAACGUGGAAAAGAGUAACUUAGCUUUGUGUAGGGACAUGUACGAGUGCUUGCUUCUGAACUUUCUUCGAGUUAUUGAAGCUGCAACAAUACUAACUCAGGCAAUCCAAGAUGCUACCCUGCCUGACCAACAUUUUGGCUGCGGGGAGCAAUGGUACAUAGUCAUGUCAGAUGUUGUCAAGAAACUCAGAGGAGAUCAACUGGAGAAGCUGUUGUUUUUCGCGGUGCAGUGUCUGCUGGAGCCUUCAGGGAUCCUUUCCAACUUCUUAACAGGAGUUCAUCAUUCCAGUCAAAUUGCUACUUACGCUGCGACGAUACUCACAGUGUCUGCUGAAGCCUUCAGGGAUCCGUUCCAACUUCUUAACAGGAGUUCAUCGUUCCACUCAACUUGCUACUUACGCUGCAAGUGCGACGCUACUCAC